AUUUCCAGAUAAACAUACGAUCGGCAUAUUUGUUACUUCGCUUUCGGGUGGGUAUGUAGAAAGAGCCCAACUUUGGGCGGAAGGUUCCAAUAUCCCCAUCCUUUUGACUUCCAUUUGGAAUUUGGAGCAAGUUCUUUUAAACCUCCCUUGGAAUCCGUACGCCAUUAAUGAGGAAUCCCUUCAGAAAAUGAUGGAAGAAUCAUUGAAAUUGGCUUAUCGUCAAGAAGAUCGUACAAAGAGUAUUAAACAAAAAGUUGGCUUGGAUGUAUCUGGAUAUCAUACUUUAAUU